GGCUCAACAUCAAGGCGACGUUCUUCGUCACGGGCAACAACCCGUUCCUGGGCCGCCGCAUCGACAAGAAUUCAAAGUACGCAGACUUGAUCAACCGCAUGCGCUCGAGCGGCCACCAGAUCGCCUCGCACACCUGGUCGCACAAGCAUCUAAAGGAUAUCGGGCGCGAGGGCCGCUUCAACGAGAUGGUGUACAACGAGAUGGCCCUCCGCAACAUCAUGUACACGCCGCCGACGUACAUGCGUCCCCCGUACGGAGAAUGGCGCGACCCGGACGAGAUGCGGGAUCUCGGAGCGCUAGGGUACCACGUCAUCAUGUACAACAUCGACACCAAGGACUACAAGCACAAUACGGAGAAGGACAUCGAGGCCUCGAUCGGCCUGUUCAACGACGCGCUGAGGGAGGACGGGAACGGGUCGUAUAUCGUGCUGGCGCAUGACGUUCGCCAGUGGACGGCGCUGAAGCUGCUCCCGGCUAUGAUUCAGACUAUGUACCUGCGGGGAUACCACGCCGUGACGGUGGGGGAGUGUCUGAAUGACUCCGAGUUUAAUUGGUAUAGGGAUCCUGAUAAGGCGGAGAGAUGAUCGGGGUUAUACCUAGGUGCUGUGCUGUGCUGUGCAAAUUGGAUAAGGGGGG